CUUUUCAGAAGAAGAAACUAGGAUUUUUAGGUGAGAGGAGAGGUCAGAAGUGACCACAAAAACCCCUACCAGGGGUGGGGUAUAUAUAUUAUAUAGACAGAGGAUCGGAGGGAUAUUGAUGUCGAAGAAGAAUACAGGGAUUAUACCAAGUCGACCAUCUCCACUAUGGAAACAGAAAUCAUGGUCGCCGGAUACGGAUCGUGAUGAUGCUUGGUUGAGAAGGAAAGGGAUUAAUAAAAACAGAAGUAGAAGAACAAAAAGUGUUACGGAUGAAGAUCUUGAAGAGCUUAAAGCUUGUAUUGAAUUAGGAUUUAGUUUUGAUUCUCCUGAUGUAGAAUUAAAUCAUCGGUUAUCUGAUACUUUACCUGCUUUAGGUCUUUAUUAUGCUACUAACAAAUCUUCGUCGGCGGUGUCUUCUUCGUCUUCGUUGUCUAUACCCGAAUUUGAUCAUGCUUCACCUAUGGGUAGUCCUCAUACAAUUCUUAGUCCAGGUGAGAAUCCACAGAUAGUGAAGACAAGAUUGAAGCAGUGGGCACAAGUGGUGGCUUGUACGUUAAGACAAUCUUGUUGAUGAUGAUCAUAAUCAGUUUCGUUGCAGGACCAAACCUCUGAUGUCAAGUCAACUUCGUGGGAGAAAAAGUGCGACGAGUAGUUGGCUUUGCCGUGGCGGAACUAAAAAUGUCGGAAUACCCGUACUUAAAGAGUAGUUGGUUACCCUGGGCUUAAGCCAAAAUUCAAAGCAUAAAAUCAGGCCCAGUAAACACUGGUGCAUUUGUCACUUUGUUAAAGAAGAGAAGUCGUCCGUUGCGCAGACCUUUGACGGUCGUUGCGCAAAAUGCUAUUUUGGGGUCGUAAAAUCGUAUCCUUCUUCUCUGAAACGACAUAAAAAAAA